GGCGGCGGCGCCUGAGGAGGCUGAGCGAGCGGCGGCGGGCCCGGACGAGAGCCGGAGGUGGCGGACGCGGCGCCGGGGGCCCCCAUGGGCGGGUGUGUGGGCGCCCAGCACGACUCCUCGGGCAGCCUCAACGAGAACUCGGAGGGCACCGGAGUUGCUUUAGGUCGCAACCAGCCUCUGAAAAAGGAGAAGCCCAAAUGGAAAAGUGACUAUCCCAUGACAGAUGGACAACUGCGCAGCAAGAGGGAUGAAUUCUGGGACACCGCUCCGGCUUUUGAAGGCCGUAAGGAGAUUUGGGACGCCCUGAAGGCUGCGGCACAUGCUUUUGAGAGCAAUGAUCAUGAACUGGCACAGGCCAUCAUCGAUGGGGCCAACAUAACAUUACCGCAUGGUGCGCUGACCGAGUGCUACGACGAGCUGGGGAACCGGUACCAGCUUCCGGUCUACUGCCUGGCCCCGCCCAUCAACAUGAUAGAGGAGAAGAGCGACGUAGAGACUCUGGACGUCCCCGAGCCACCCCCCGACUCUGGGUACGAGUGUCAGCUCCGUUUGCGCCUCUCCACUGGCAAAGACCUCAAACUCGCGGUCCGCAGCACGGACACGGUGCACCGCAUGAAGAGACGCCUCCACGCAGCCGAGGGCGUGGAGCCGAGCAGCCAGCGGUGGUUCUUCUCUGGCAGGCCGCUCACCGACAGGAUGAAGUUGGAAGAGCUGAAGAUCCCCAAGGACUAUGUCGUUCAGGUUAUAAUGAGCCAGCCUCUGCAAAACCCGACGCCGGUUGAGAACUGAGCUGGUUCUGUCGGCUGCUCCCCAGAUCCCUCCCACUCCUUUCUAUUGUUGUUUCCUAUUCUGUGGCGUGAAAUUUAUUUUCACUGCUCUGCAUUCCGUAUAAUGGAUUUAGUUCUGAGGAAUUAUCGGUGAAAAAUUCCAUCUGUGAUGGAGACCAACAAAAAUAAUUAAUAAAACACAAAGAGCUA